AUGGGUAACAUAUGUGGCAUUUGUUUGUGCUGGAGUAAUGGUGUAUUUUAUGCGCUUUCGUUCCUUCAUUUGCAGCAAGAUCGUCGCAGCAUUUAUGAACGACGACGCAACAUACUGUACCUUGUGGCGAACUAUCUGUCCACCAUGGGGCUCCAUCAAACCCGACAGGCACUGGUCGACGAGACGAACCUAACGAGCGAAUACGAGGUGUGCGAUAACAUUGACCUCGAUACCAUCUACCAGGACUUUUGUAGCUACUUCCUGCUCAAGUUCGGCAAGCAGCCACGCAUUGUAAAGCGCACCGAAUCCAUCGGACCCCUGCCAACGGCACACCGGAAGCUGUCCGGAGCGAGACGUAAGCCUCCGCUGCCCGCAGUCCCCAAACCGGAUGGCAAGGAUCCGUUGAAUUCGAUCACCAAUGUGGGCGAUGAGAUGCAGGCACUUCGUAUUACGGCGGCCAAUCCCGCCGAACACCUCGAAGGACACACCUCCCCGGCGGUGCCGUACGCCAAUCCGAAGCUGCUGGUACGGCUGCAGGACCACUUUACCAGCGAAUGGAAGGACCUUGCGGAGGAAGUCUGUAGGGAUUUGAUCCGCAGGGACCUACGCCAGCGCUGGUCAAGCAUUAAGGGGCUGGCCGGUCCGAUCAAGGUGCUGAAGGAGAGUGUCAUCGCUCCGCUCGAGCAUCCGGAACUGUUCGUGGGACUGGCUCAGCCGUGGCGCUGUGUGCUGCUGCACGGAGCGCCGGGAACUGGGAAAACCCUGCUAGCGCGAACGCUGUGCUCGGAAACGCGCGAAUCGGUGACGUUCUUCAGCACCACGGCCAGCACGCUCAUAUCGAAGUGGCGCGGUGAAUCAGAGAAGCUGAUCCGGGUGCUGUACGAGGUGGCCAAAUUUUACGCCCCGUCCAUUAUCUUCAUCGACGAGUUUGACAGUUUGGCGUCGCGGCGUGACACCAUUCGGGAGCACGAAGCAUCGAAGCGUUUCAAGAACGAGUUCCUGUCGCUUAUCGAUGGGUUGGAAAGUGCAGCCAACGAAACGGCUGCUCCUACGGCGCACGAUCGGGACCGGGUGUUUCUGCUGGCCAGCACCAACCUGCCGUGGGAGCUGGAUCCGGCCUUUCUGCGACGGUUUGAGCGCAAAAUUCUCGUCGAUUUACCGACAGCCGAUGGACGGAAGGAGCUGAUCGAGCAUCUGCUCCCGACCGUUACCGCAUGGCCCGAGCAGGAGAUACAGCAACUUGUAACGCUUUCGGAGGGAUGGACGGGUGAUGAGGUUCGACUCGCGUGCAAGGAAGCGUCCAUGAUGCUGCUGAGGAACAGGAUCAACGAGCGUCGAUCGAACACGAACCGAGCGGCGGACCAGGAAGAGCUUCAAUAUUCGAUGCUGCGCAAAGCUUUUGAACAGUUGCGUCCUGGUUGCGUGGAAUUGGCGCAGAAGCAUCGUGACUGGAAUCAACGUUACGGAACGCAGCUUGUGGACUGAGCGGAAAUGAAAAGUACGAACUUUAUAACGCCCACACUGGCAGCAUAUUAGCAAGCCUGGUAUAUUUUAACUCUUUUCUGUAUGUCUUUCGUUGAUCCUGUGAUUGAUCCUGCUCUCUCUGUUUUUUUUUUCUCGAACUUCAGGUUUUGACCAACUUACUUAAACGAUUAAAUAAUAUAAAAAAGGAUAUCAUGAAA